UAGAAAAACUGAGCGUGUGUCAGAACACACAGCAUCUACGCACGUCAGAAAUAAGACAAUCAGCUGCUCGAGUAUAAUAAAAAAGUUUAUAGAUAAACAGUCUGGGGGAUUUUUUUUAGAUCUGAAAUUAGAAGCUUCAAAGUGACAUGUGAGUGAGAGGUGAGGACAACACUGUGGUGACUUUUUUUUAAUUUAAUUUUAUUCUACAUGCUGUUAUUGAGCUGGACGCAGGAGUGGAGACUUAUGCCAUUACGCACAGACGCAGUGCAGGAGCGCGUCUGCAGAUGGGCGGUUUAGGUGGCAACCUCCACCUCAGCAUGUUGAAUGGGACUGAAACGCAAACUUUCGGAAAGAGGGAUCUAGCAGAGUUUAAAAUGGGGAUUCAGGACGCCAGGUUUUACUACCCGGACUCUGUUCCAGGCGGACAGGACUCUCUGGCUCUGCAGUACCACCACCACCAGGACCAGACUGGAGGAGGAUACGGAGCGCAGACCGGCAGGUUUUACGCACAGAGCCUCAGUGGAGCAGCCGGGCAGGGUUACAUCCAGACGGCUGCUGGAGGAGGAGGAGACGGGUUUCCUCCGGCUGGUAAAGACUUGUACUCUCCUUCACCGGAGAGUUACCCGGUGAGCUUCCAGCACGGCUACCAGCGACCACCUCUCUACCCUUUACCUGGCCUACAGGUGUGCGGCAAGACGCAGGCGCUCCUCAAUAACUACCCGCUAUGGGCCAAGUUCCACAAGUUCCAAACCGAGAUGAUCAUCACCAAACAGGGCAGGAGGAUGUUCCCCUUCCUGAGCUUCAACAUCAGCCUUCUGGAUCCGUCUGCCCACUAUAACGUGUAUGUGGACGUAGUUCUGGCGGAUCAGCACCACUGGAGGUACCAGGGCGGCAAGUGGGUCCAGUGUGGGAAAGCGGAGGGCAACAUGCCAGGGAACAGGAUGUACAUGCACCCCGACUCUCCCAACACAGGAGCUCACUGGAUGAGACAAGAAGUGUCUUUCAGCAAACUCAAGCUCACCAACAACAAGGGCAGCACCAAUAAUGUGGCACAGAUGAUCGUGCUCCAGUCGCUCCAUAAGUACCAGCCUCGUCUUCACAUCGUGGAGGUGAAGGAGGACGGCUCCGAGGAUCCCUUCCUCUCAUCCAAAGCUCAGACCUUCAUCUUCCCGGAGACUCAGUUCAUCGCCGUCACCGCUUAUCAGAACGCAGACAUCACUCAGCUGAAAAUAGACCACAACCCCUUCGCCAAAGGUUUCCGCGACAAUUACGACACGCUGUACGCUCCUCCCGACUCUGAUCGCCUCACCCCCUCCCCGACAGAGAGCCAGCAGCUGCUGCCAGGGAGCUGCUACCCCCAAGGCUACCUCUCUGAGCAGUACAUGAGCCCCUUGCCCCAGGGACGCUUCUUCAGCCGCGAUGCCAUCGGCAUGGGCCAGCAGCACAAAGACCCGUCCUCCAGCCCCGGUCCUCACAGCCGCUGGUACCUACCGCCCCAGCAGGGUGUGGCCGCCAACCGGCUUGACUUCACUUCCUCCUACGAAGGGGACUUCUCUGGAAACGGGUUCUACAAGCCCUUCCCCUUGCAGACGUCCGCUCACCAUGCCCUCAGCUACUACCCAGAUCACCCUUUUGCGUCUACCAGCGUGUCCGUAUCAGGAGCCACCUCAGCGGGCUGGACCACCAGCCGGCCCACUCCUCAGUACCUCAGCCACCCGAGCAAACCUGGCCCCAGUCUGGGCUGGUUUCGACCCAUAUCAUCCUCUUCAUCCUCCUCCUCUUCUUCCACGUCACCUGGCAACCCUCGGCUGCACGCGCCCUCGCUCCUAGAGCCGCUGCAGCCGCCCUUGCUGCAGGAAAAACCCAAAGACACUGUGGAGGUGGUGGUAGAGGACCCCUGGCUCGAACCCCCCUCUGUGAAAUCAGCAACCUCAGCCGACUCGGGCCUGUUUGAGGGCGGCGUGGGGGACAACAAGAAGAGGAGGGUGUCGCCGUAUACGUCCAGCACUGAAAACUCCCCGCCUCCGCGCAGUGGAGAGGUCUGCGAGAAGGACAGCGAUGCAGACUAUUAUGGUUAUUACACCCACUGAAGUCUCUUACAGCGUCUUUCCAUACCGCCCUCAUGAACAUGCAUCAGUCUGUCCAGUUAAGGGCUGGAACAGAACCAGAACCACACACCAGAACGUCACAGUGUGGCCAGCCUCUCUAUAAAGCCCCCUUCUCAAAGUGUCAAACGAUUACAGCAACUUCCAAGGUUACUGUCAAAGUUUAGAGUUGAACAGAAGUGGAUGUGACUGGAGAUCUGCCCUCGAGUCAUAUAAACACCAUACAGACAAACAGACCUGUGACUUUAAGCCUUUGAAACAUCUGGAUCUGCAUAUCUGCCUGCUGACAGACGCCUGCAGGGAUUCUGUCUGUUCUUUCUGCAUCAAACACUCCGUCUUUGUCUCUGUCUGUCUCUUCCUUCUCACCCUCAACCUUUCACACAUACUCUCACAAUAUGCUCACGGUCAUUUUCCCCCUGAUGAUUCGGAGCAGAAAUCACAUUUCACACACACAGUCAAAUCUGGCCCAAGAGGUUUAGUGCAGCGCCCACCGGUGGCGUUAAAGGAGCGCUGCAGGCCGACGAUGCCGAGGCCAGAGUGAACUGAUGUCAGGAGGUUAAGACGGUUUAACAAGCACAUGUUCUACCGCUAAUCUAAUUCAACCCAGCGAGGACAACCAGUAACUCAGCAACCAACAGCAGAAAUAGCAACUGGAGACAAUCCAACAUAUCUCACAGGUGUAAGAAGAAGAGUUUAUAUCUGUGAAGUUCCUAUGAACUUUCAAUCUGGGAUUACAAUUUACAUUUCAUACUAACCUGCUGCCCAUGUGGGGGUUUGCAAAUCUAUUUCUGUUUGCACUGUAAUGGGAUUAAAUCCUUGCACUAUAUGUCCCAAACACAGAGACGGUUAACAUUAAAAUGCUGGUUAAUACGAUGAAAUCUCCCCUCAGACCUCACUAACAGAUGUUCAUAUCAUAAAGCUUCAUUGGUAGCUCAAUAUAGCAUCAGCUUUGAGGUCAUUUAAAAUACAUGAGCAUGUAUUUGUAAUGAUGACAUGUAGCAAAGCCAGCUGUACCAACACGAUCACAUCCCAACUCGUCACAUACUGGCGCUUUGUCAGGUCCCCUUGGCGUCACUUUUUAACACGCUGGGCCACCCGGCUCCACUACGGUCACAGUAAACAUGUGGUUAAAGGUGUGAAUUCAAAUGAAACCACCGGGUCGCGGGGCAGCAGCAGGCUUAGCGGGGAAUUCCAGACCUCACUCUCCCCAGCAGCGUUUUCCAGCUCUUCCUGGGGGACCCCCGAGGCUUUCUCAGGCCAGACCAGAUAUAUAAUCUCUCCAGGCGUCCAGGAGGCACGGACCACCUCAGCAGGCCUCUUUCGACGCGAAGGAGCAGCGGCUCUACUCCGAGCUCCCUCCCGGUGUCUGAGCUCCUCACCCUAUCUGUAAGGCUGAACUGGAUACAAGCGGCGGCGGGCCACUUAGUUAAGUUUAGGAAAAAAAACAUCAUGGUUUGGCAUAAAAUUACUACGUUUGUAAAGAGGAAGUGAAACUUAACUACGGUGGUGAAGUGAAAGUGAAACUUAUCGUUGUGACCACAAAGACAACACGUUGUUGGUUUCACACGGGAUACGAACAGCAGUAUACGAACAGCGUCCUCCUGGAUGAAAGCCCUGUGUUUGUUGGACCCGUCCACCACACUUCCCCACCACUUUCUCUGAGCAUUUAAUAUUGACGCCGAUGGGUUUACAUUGGAGUUACUUGAAAGCGCGGUGCGUCACAUACAGACGCUAAAGGGUGCACUGUGCGUCGGUAUCACACGCCAAGGGAAGUGACAAAACGUCUGUAUUUGACGCCAUGGGAAUGAGAACGGGCUGGCUGGACGCUCCGAUAGAGUGAAAAAAGGCUUCAUUAUAACCUCCCUGCUGCAGUCAGUGGAUGUGAAAACGCUCCUGUCACCACACACACACACAUAAAACCCACGAUCAAUACCAGCAUUGAUAACGACGUAACUGGAAAACAGUAUUGGCAGAGGGAAGUGUGAAAGCUUAAUAGCACACACACAAACUGAAUGCACCCACUGGACAUAGCAGUAUUCAGAUUAGACUACAGUCAAUUUCCCGCCAUCACUUCAGCUCAACAUCUUAAUAUUCUUGGUGCUGCAGGUUUUCCCGAACACGCACAGUAGCAGCGGAGCAACAGUGCUGUAAAAAAGUGGGUCAAUCACAAAGGCUACAUGCACCUGUACAGGUAAACAGACGAGGCACUGUCACCCUCAGACCGCCACCAUAAACAGGAAGCACAAAGUGACCAGACAGACACUCUGAAUUUCCCCCCUGGUCUUCGGGCCUAUCAUGUCGUGACACCAGGCUGACAAGAGUCCCGGCUCCCGGCCUCGGUGACAGAAAUGAAGAGUGAGGCCAGCAGUCGGCGCUGAUCAGAGAUCUGCUCCUCAUUCCUCACCAGGUGUGCUAAUGGCCUCGGACAACACUGGAGGCGACAGACAGGCACUCGCUCUGUGCAGAACACGGUUACUUUAGUCUUUUCUGAGGGAGGUGAUGAAAUUGAAAUGCCUAAAAUUAGCCAUAGCUCAUCAAGAAAUACACAUAAGCUAUCAUGAAAGCACAAAUUGUCAUUUUCACACUUGUACAGAUUAAACAAACAAGUUAUAAGUAGUGAGUUUAGAGGUGCUUCGGACAGAGCCAGGCUAGCUGUUUCCCUCUGUUUACAGUCUUUGUGCUAAGCUAAGCUAACAUCCUUGCUUUAUUUCCAUUUUUAUUGUACAAACAGAAAACUUUUCAUCUAACUCUCAGCAAAAAAAGUGAAUAUAAGCAUAUUUCCCAAAACUAUUCAAAGUAAAAAAAUUUGAUCAAAGCACAUAUCAAUUUGCCGCAACCAAACAUCUCAUAUGAAGUCACUGAGGUCACGUCUGUCGGGAUUUCUUCACAGAAUUCGGGGGGUUUUAGGGACCAGUGGGUGUUUUACUGGUUGGAGUGUUUUUAGACUCAGUAUAUUUAAAUUUGACGAGAUCAGGCCAGCAAAAAGGCUAAUUAAGAAGUCAGCGUGGAGGCAGUGGGGAGAGGACCUUUAGAGGACGUUUCAUGUUGGGAAAUUAAAACAGAAACCGUUAACUGAAUUGGAAAAAAUGUGAAAAAAAAAAUCCAAAUAAUUAGACAACUUUCCAGCUUUUGUUUUGCUGUCUGUUGAAUAAUUAAAGGGUUGUGUUGGAGGAUUGGACUCCUGACAUUUUUUCACUCGGCAAAAUGGUCUUAACGAUGAUGUUGGUGCAAAAAGGACAAACUGUGUGACAGCUCAGUCCUUUACCUGAACAUUUAAAUAACAAAAAAUGGCAAUGAAGUGUUAAUUUCAUGCUGAAAACAGAAGGGAUAUAUUGUAUGAUGUUGUAACAUUUCCAAAAGAUGUACUAUUUAAUGUUUAUGUUGACAUCCGUCAGAGGAAAUGAUGAUACGAUGGACAAUUCUUGUUUCAAGUGCAAUUAAGAUAGAAAGUAAAUUAGAAUUUAAAAGACGGCAUUGCAAAAAAAAAACAAUGAGAGCUAAGUUUAAUGUGAUCACUGGCCUGUGGACGAUGUCAGUUAUUUAUUUUUAAUGUGCUGUGGUUUGUUUGUACGUGGUUCACUCCUGCACCUACGGGUGCAAGAUCUCACAGCAGAAGAAAUGCUUUUCAGACGCCUCAGGAACGCCCCCUGCUGGAUAUCUCAGCUAUUACAAUCAGUCAAUCCCUGAUCCUUUAACCUUUAAUACCUCCGUUUCCCAUGAGUCUGUGUUUCCCUUUGAACACACAUUUCCCCUUAAAGGAAUAAGACUGUGUGGGAACUGUAUUUCCAGAGAUUUUACUGUAUAAUAAAGAAAUAGAGUGAAGAAGGGAGACCAGACAAGCUCAAGCAUGUUACUUUUUUUUUUUUGUGUGUGAUCCAUGUGCACUGUUUAUGUCGAAGGAGAAUUAAAUCCUCCUUUGACUCUUUCAAUAAGAGCUUAUAAAUUGCAAAAAUAAGACAUGAAGAUUUCUGAAUGAGGAAAAUUGUUAUUUAUUAAAAAAAAGUGGCAUAAUUGUG